UAAAGUAGUGAACCAGAUAGAAGGAAAGAAACACAAGAACUUAACCAAAUAUGCUCAAAAUUCUUUUAAGCCACUAGCUAGCUUCAAAUUUUUUAUGCAUAUAUUUGCAGUACAGUUAUUUAUUUGAGUUAAACUACAUUUUUGAAUACUACUAUACUGUGUGAUUAAGCUUCAUUCAUAAGCAAGUAUUGAUACAGGACUUAGAAUUGAUGUAUUAUUCAUGGAAAUAAUGGAAGAAGUAAAACCCUCAAAUUCACAAGAAAAAGAGAGUAAUAAAGAAUUGAAAGAAAGGGUUUGGGCAGAAUCAAAGAAAAUAUGGAGGAUUGCAUUUCCUUCCAUGUUGACAAAGAUUACUCAGUUUGGAAUGCUUGUAGUAACACAGGGAUUCAUUGGACACAUUGGAGAAGUAGAACUUGCAGCUUUUGCACUUGUUCAGAUCAUCACCGUACGGUUUGUACAUGGAAUAGUGCUAGGCAUGUCAAGUGCAACAGAGACCCUGUGCGGGCAAGCAUUUGGAGCAAAACAAUAUCACAUGAUGGGUAUCUACUUGCAGCGAUCAUGGAUCAUUAACAUUUCUACAGCAACAGUCCUCCUUCCUGUCUUCAUCUUCACAUCUCAAAUCUUCAGACUACUUGGUCAGGAAGAAGAUACAGCUAGAAAAGCCGGAAAUAUCUCCCUUUGGUUCAUUCCAUCUAUCUACUCUUCGAUAUUUAACUUCACCGUGGAGAAGUUCUUGCAAGCUCAGCUCAAGAACACAAUUGUUGGGUGUCUUUCUUCUAUCACAUUUGCGCUUCACCUGCUCUUGUCAUGGAUCUUGCUCAUCAAACUAAACCUGGGGAUCCCUGGUGCUAUGGGUGCAAUGAUUAUAUCAAAUUGGUUGGUUGUAAUAGGAGACUUUGCGUAUAUUUUUGGUGGCAGGUGUCCUAAAACAUGGAGAGGUUUCACUCUAGCUGCCUUCUCCGAUUUAGUCCCUAUAUUAAAGCUCUCAUUAUCUUCAGGCUUGAUGCUUUGCUUACAGCUAUGGUACACUGCAGUUUUAGUCUUACUGGCUGGAUAUAUGAAAAAUGCCAAAACUGCAAUAUCUGCUUUCUCCAUCUGCCUCAAUAUCACAGCUUGGGAUGGAAUGCUGUGUCUGGGCUUCUUGGCUGCUGCCAGCGUGCGAGUUUCAAACGAAUUGGGAAAAGAAGAUGCCAAAGCUGCAAAAUUCUCCAUUAAAGUGAACUUGACAACUUCAUUUUGCAUUGGAGUUUUCCUCUGGAUUAUGUGUUUGUUGUUUGGCCAGAAAAUUGCUCACUUGUUUACCAGUAAAAAGGCAGUAGCAGAAUAUGUGUCAAGCCUUUCUCUCCCUCUUGCUUUCUCCGUUCUACUCAACAGCAUUCAGCCAAUUUUUUCAGGGGCAGCAGUAGGUGCUGGCAGGCAAAGUGUGGUUGCAUAUGUUAAUUUAUUUUGCUAUUAUGCUGUUGGUGUGCCAAUAGGUGUUACUCUUGGAUUUGCUGUUCAUCUGCAAGUAAAGGGCAUUUGGAUUGGACUCAUAGUUGGAGCUGCUACGCAAACACUUGUACUCGCAUGUAUUACAUACAGGACUAACUGGGACGACCAGGUGAAAAAAGCAACAGAACGUCUGAAUCAGUACUUGAAACCCUCAUAAAAAAAAACUUAAUAAAUGUUAUUCCCAACAUUUAAUUUUUCUAGCUAAAAAAGGGAGAUCUCUAUUGAGAUAAGGAAAAAAGUACAAAAUUUACCUGCUCCAAUGAAUUACAAUUAAAGGAAUCAUUUUGGAGCAUCUUUCUAAUAUUCCUUUUACAAAACCAAACAAUAGGAUGACCUGUAUUAUUUUGAAUGGAUUAUAUAUAUAUAUUCAUCUGUUCUAGAUAUUUAUUUCU